AUGAGAGAAACCGUCUCCGCCAGUACGGAUGGUGCAGAACACGCCAGCUCCUGCUCUGCCGACUCGCCGGCCCUCGCCAACCCGGACGACAAACCCCCUAUAGCGGAGCCGCCAGACGUGGCCAUAGAGAAGCCAAGCUGCCCCCAUACGCUCCCUGCCGACCAUGUCGCGCAGAAGCUCCGCACCGACGCCCGCCAUGGGCUGAGCGAUGAAGAGGCCGCCGCUCGCCUCGCCCGCGACGGCCCCAACGCCGUCAAGGCUGCCACGGGCGCCUCGCUCUGGGAGCUCUUCCUCCAGCAGGUCGCAAACGCCCUCACCCUGGUCCUCGUCGCCGUCGCCGGCCUGUCCUUUGGCAUCAACGACUAUGUCGAGGGCGGCGUCGUCGCUGCCGUCAUCCUUCUCAACAUUGCCGUCGGACUGAUCCAGGAUUACCGCGCUGAGCAGACCAUCCAGGCUCUGUAUGCCCUUUCCACCCCCCGAUGCAAGGUCAUACGCAACGGCUGUGGCGAGACCGUCAAGGCCCAGACGCUUGUCAAGGGCGACCUGGUCUCCCUCUCGACAGGCGAUGUCGUUCCCGCAGACUUGCGCCUCGUUCAGGGUAUCAACAUCGCAAUGGACGAGGCUCACCUCACCGGCGAGUCCGCCACCAUCAAAAAGAUGCCCGACGCCGUCUUCGCUGACCCCGACAUGCCCGUCGGCGACCGGACCAACCUCGCCUUCUUUGGCAGCUCAGUCACCCGCGGACGCGCCACCGGCAUCGUCGUCUCAACCGGCAUGGACACCGAGGUGGGCCAGAUUGCCGACAUGUUGCGCCGCAAGGGGAAGCGUGAGAGGGUCGGCGACAGCUCUGUGGCCAAAGCCCUUUGCAGCGCCUACCAGAGCCUUCGGCGCAUCCUGGGCUUGGACGGCACUCCCCUGCAGGUCACCCUCAGCAAGUUUGCCCUCUGCUUGUUUGGCCUGGCCAUUCUGCUCGCCAUCAUCGUCUUCUCCGUCAGCCAGUGGGCUCUGCACGACAACGUCUUGCUCUACGGCAUAUGCGUGGGCGUGGCCGUCAUCCCCGAGUCGCUCCUCGCCGUCUUGACCGUCACCAUGGCAGUCGCCUCCAAGGCCAUGGUCAAGGGCCACGUCAUUGUGCGGCGCAUGCCGUGCCUCGAGGCCGUCGGCGGCGUCACCAACAUCUGCUCCGACAAGACGGGGACCCUCACUCAGGGGCGCAUGAUCACGCGGACCGUAUGGCUUCGCGAGGGCUUGACCGGCACUGUCGAGGGCUGCGCCGAUCCCCAUGACCCGAGCAGCGGGUCCGUAUCGUGGUCCGCCUCGCCCGCUGGAAGCUGUUUCAACGCCUUCCUCAACACUGUCGCCUUCUGCAACAACGCGGCAGUUACCGACGGCAGGAAGGAGACCGAGACCGACUCGAGCAGCGUCGUCACCGCCUUUGAGUCGACGCAGUGGAAGGCUGUCGGUGAGCCCACCGAGAUUGCGCUCAAGGUUUUUUCAAUGCGUUUUGGCCGGACAGGGACGUUUCUGGGCAGCCUCAUGGCCGAGCACCCGUUUGACUCGCUGUGCAAGCUCAUGAGCGUCGUGUGCGGCAACCCUCGGGACCGGCAGCGCCGGGUGCAUACCAAGGGUGCUGUCGAGGUCAUGCUUCCUCUCCUGGACGAGAGCGACGAGCUCAAGGAGGCCAUCCACAACAAGGCGGAAGAGCUGGCUUCCGGCGGCCUGAGGGUUUUGUGCGUCGCCGACAAAGUCAUGACGGGCUGCCCCGAAGACGCCCAGGACCGAGCCAAGGUUGAGAAUGGCCUGCGCUUCCUGGGACUGGCCGGCCUCUACGACCCCCCGCGUCCAGAGACGGCCGGUGCGGUCCGGCAGUGUCGACAGGCUGGAAUCUCGGUGCAUAUGGUGACCGGGGACCAUAUCAAGACGGCCACUGCGAUAGCGUACGAAGUGGGUAUCCUGUCGAGGGACACACCUCGGGCCGUCAUGUCGGCCGCUGACUUUGCCAGCCUGAGCGACGAGCAGGUCGACGCCAUGGAGUCGCUGCCGGCCGUCAUCGCCCGCUGCAGCCCGCUCACAAAGGUGAGGGUCAUCCAGGCCCUGCAUCGUCGCAAGGCCUUUUGCGUCAUGACGGGCGACGGUGUCAACGACUCGCCGGCGCUCAAACAGGCCGACGUGGGCAUCGCCAUGGGUGACCGUGGCAGCGAUGUCGCCAAGGAGGCGUCAGACAUGGUGCUCACGGACGACAACUUUGCCUCGAUUGUGACGGGGAUUCGAGAAGGGAGGAGGCUUGCCGACAACAUUCAAAAGUUCCUUUUACAUCUACUCACCUCCAACCUGGCCCAGGUGAUUUUGCUCCUGAUUGGCCUCGCAUUCAAGGAUGAUGAGGGGCUCUCCGUCUUUCCCCUGUCGCCGCUAGAGAUUUUGUGGGCGAAUCUCGUCACUUCAUCCCCCCUUGCCCUCGGCCUGGGUCUCGAGGAAGCACAGCCGGACAUUCUCGGGCGUGCUCCCCGAAGCCUGCGUACUGGCGUGUUCACGCUUGACCUGAUUCGGGACCAGCUCAUAUAUGGGACCAUGAUGGGAUCGCUGUGUCUGGCCUCCUUCAUGCUGGUGGCAUAUGUAGAACCGUACCACGGCUAUCGACUCCUGCCCAGUGGCUGCAACAGCGGAACCUCGGACGCAUGCGCUACUGUCUUCCGGGCAAGGGGCACGACCUUUGCGACCUUGAGCUUCUUGCUCCUCGUUACGGCCUGGGAGGUGAAGAGCUCGCGUCGCAGCCUGUUUGCCAUGGAUGAGCGGCGGGCGGGCCCGUUGUCGGUGUUCUGGACCAUCUACCGCAACAGGUUUCUGUUCUGGGCGGUGGUGGGUGGGUUCACGGUGACGUUUCCCAUCCUCUACAUCCCACUCCUCAACACGGGCGUAUUCAAGCACCGGGGUUUAGGCUGGGAAUGGGGCGUCGUGCUGGGAUGUGUUGCGGCGUAUGUCGUCCUCGUGGAGGCGUGGAAGGCAGUCAAGAGACGUUUCGCACUCGGCACCGACCGGCAUCGGCCAACUCGCGACCGGGUUUGA